UCGUCACACUGCUUCUUCUGCCUCUGACAUCACUUCCUGUUCUACACCUACUCCUCUCCUUAGAUCCCAGUUCUGUUUGUGACAUCAUUUCCUGUGUUGCAGUCAACACCUUUUAACCUCCUCUUCUGCCUACGAUGUCAUUUCCUCCCUGCCCAAGAACACUCUGCCCCUCUGGUUCUGUGAUGUCACCGGGGCGAUGAGGUCACAGCGAGGCCGGGGAUCUGUGGCCAUGUCCUGCUCCCUCCUGUUCCUCCUGCUGCUGCUGUGCCCCCGGGGGGUGGGCGGCUGCCUGCACUGCGACCAGCCCUUCCUGCGAGGGCUGGGGGUGCUGCUGGGGGAGGCGGUGCCCUCUGAAGUGCCCAACCGAGACGCCCUAAUUCAGCGCCAGGUGGAGGCCUUUGAGCGCCUCUACAGCACUCACCUGCCAGAGAAACACCACCGGGUGCUGGAUGUCCGCAGGAUGCUGGCUGUGAAAGCUGCUCUGAGCGGCUGGCUGAGGGCUCUCAAGGAGACGCCCUGGAAAGGGGUUCACCUGCUGCAGCUGACGCUGGCCCAGCACCGCGACUCCCUGCGAACUCACCUCCGAGAGGCCCUGGAGAGAUUCGCCGACUUGGCCUGCUCCGAGGACUGCACGGUUACGGAGGGGCCAGUUCUCGACUGCUGGACCUGCCUUCGCAUCAAUGCCCAGUGCUUUGACGGGGAGCUGUGCGGAGGUACUGCGUGUGCUGCCGACACCGCAGGUGGCUGGAGGACAGGGCCUGGGCCGGACCUGGCACGUGGCUGGCGUGGUAGCCAGGUUAGGGACUGA